AUGAGUGCAGGUCGGAUAUUGUAUAAUGUUUCAUGUUCAGUUUGUCAUGAUAAUUCAUCUGGCAAACAUUAUAGCGUUUAUGCAUGUGAUGGUUGUGCUGGUUUUUUCAAACGAUCAGUACGACGUAACCGUAUAUAUCAUUGCAAAAAUCGAAAUAAAUGUGUUGUGGAUAAAUAUCGACGAAAUCAAUGUCGAGCUUGUCGUUAUCGUCGAUGUCUUGAUGCAGGCAUGAAUAAAGAUGCUGUUCAAAAUGAACGAGGUCCUCGACAAUCAUUUCCAGAUCGACAUAUGCAUAUAACAGGUUCAUUUGGUGUGAAACCAGAGCCUUCUUAUGUUCCUAUGGCAACUCAACAACCUUUGUCUGGUAGUCAAUUUCAAUCAACACCAUUAUUUAAACUUGAUUUGUAUGUCUAUGAAAUGGCUGCUCGUAUUCUAUUUUAUAUAGUUCAUUGGUUACGUUCAAUAAAAGAAUUUCAAAUAAUUAAUAUUGUUUGUCUCCUUCAUUGUUGGCAUGAAUUAUUUAUUUUAACUUUAUGUGAAUAUAAAUUUGAUGUACCAUGGAUCAAUAUAAUUCAUUCAGCUAAUCGAUCAAAUGCUAUGGGAUUGAAUACUGGUGGAAUUGAAUUAAAACAUUUAUAUUUAAUGCAAGAUAUUUAUAAUCGCAUUCAACACAUGAAUAUGGAUUGUAUUGAAUAUUUUCAUUUGAAACUUUUAUUACUUUGUCGAUGGAUUGAUCCAAAUAAUAAUAAUAAUAAUAAUAAUUGUAUGAAUGGACAUAAUUUAUUUGGUGAUCAUUUAAGAGCAUUAGAAACUCACGUUCGUCGUACAUAUCCACUUCAAAUUCAACGUUUUGAACAAUUAAAAUCUCUAUUAACUAGUUUACGUUCAGUAUCAUCACCUGAAAUUCAAAAUGUUUUCUUUAAGAAUAUUCUUGGCUAUUGUUCAAUUGAAUUGAUUCUACGAAAUUUAUAUGAAACUAUAACGGUAUCUUUGUAA